AUGAAUCGUGGGCCCGAUUGUAUCAAAUGGUUCAUAGAUGAAUUGCUAAGAAUAGCUCAUGAGGUCGAUACCUGUUUGAAGACAAACGUACCGAUGGAGCCUCUCACACCUCAGCAAGCUUGGGACUUUGCUAAUGCUCACGUUUCUCACAUUUGCGAGAAACCCUUCGGUCCAACUGAUAAGAAACACCCCAAUCACUGCCACGUCACGGGCAAGUAUCGCGGUCCAGCGCACCCGGGAUGUAAUGUCAACUACAAGAACUCUCACACAAUCCCAGUAGUUUUUCAUAACCUCUCCGGCUACGACUCACAUUUUCUCAUCAAGACUCUUGCAACACAAUUCCCAGGUUCAGUAGAUCUGCUCGCUCUCAAUAAGGAAAAGUACAUCUCCUUCACGAAACACGUUGAUGAGACGGAGGUUCGAUUUCGGUUUAUUGACUCAUUCCGGUUCAUGGCGAGUAGUUUGCAGAAAUUGGUAUCCUACCUCAAUGAUUCAGACAAAUCCAUUACUCAAAAAUACUGCAAUGACGAUGUGGAGAAAUUUCAGCUUUUGACUAGGAAAGGAGUCUUCCCAUACGAGUACGUGGACUCUUGGGAGAAACUCAAUGACCCUCAGUUGCCUCCCAUCGAGAAAUUCUAUUCGAAAUUGAAUGAUGAGAGUGUCUCUGCUGAGGAUUAUGCGCAUGCGCAGAGAGUUUGGGAUGUUUUUGGCAUCACAUCCUUGGGUGAAUACUCCGACAUCUACCUGGCAACAGAUGUCGUGCUUUUGGCGGAGAUCUUCCAAAAUUUCAGACGUACUUGUUCUUCGGUGUACAAACUCGAUCCCCUUCAUUACUACACGGCACCAGGAUUAGCAUUUGAUGCUAUGCUGAAAUGCACUGGUGUCAACCUUGAGCUUUUCACCGACAUUGAGAUGCACUUAUUCAUUGAGAAGGGGAUUCGAGGAGGGGUGGCUCAAUGCUCCAAUCGGUACGCUUGUGCCAACAAUAAGUACAUGGGUGAAAAAUUCGACCUCAACAAAUGGGUUAUUCCAUCAAUAGUUGAUAUCCAUACAAUUGUAGAUGAUUCGAGCAAAGGCUACAUGCUUGAGGUCGACUUGGAGUAUCCCAAGGAGCUCUUUGAGACCCACAAGGAUCUACCACUUUGCCCGGAACAUUUCGUUCCCCCAAAUAAGAAAAUCUCGAAAUUAAUGAUGACAUUGCUUCCUAAGAAAAACUGUGUGAUUCACUAUAAGAAUCUCAAGCAAAACGUGAAGUUGGUGACGAAAUGGGAGGGGAGAUAUGGUGCCAAAGUUCGCAUCGCUCAGCACAACUUCCACAGUUGCACCAUCUUUGCUGAUGAUUUAGUCAUUGUUCAAUUGGAGCGUACAAAAAUGUACUUCAACAAACCCAUUUACGUUGGUUUCUCAAUUCUGGAUCUAUCCAAAAUAUUCAUCUAUGAUUUCCAUUACGAUUAUACUAAACGAGAAUUUGGUGAUAGUGCUAAGCUCAUGUAUACGGAUACAGACAGUCUUUUGUAUGAGUUCAAAGUACCUGAUAUUUAUGAAUGUAUGAAACGUGAUAUUGCUCGAUUUGAUACAUGCGAUUAUCCAAGCGAUAAUGUUUAUGGAAUGCCGCUCGUGAAUAAGAAAGUAUUAGGACUUAUGGAGGAUGAGUGCAAUGGAAAAGUGAUGAGUGAGUUUGUUGGUUUGAGAGCAAAAUUGUACACGUUUAAAAUUCAUGGUGAUGAGAGAGCGAAGAAACGUGCGAAAGGAGUGAGACGGUCGACACUGAAAAGGAUUACGUUCGAUAAUUACAAAGAUUGUCUGUAG